AUGGCUGCUGAAGAAGGUGAUACAGAUUGCGUUGACUCGGAUGAUACAAAGAGUUUAGAAUGUGACUCUGACAGUGAGAGUUUCAACUUUCCGAUGUUCAAUCCUAAAACAGACGGGGAUAAACCAGUGUUGGCAUUAGAAUUGACAUUUGAAAACAAGCAUGAGUUCAAAUAUGCUGUAAUAACUCAUGAAGUUAAUGAAGGGAAGUACAUUAAGUGGUGCAAGAAUGAUAACUCGAGAGUGAGAGCAACUUGUGGUUAUCCAGAUUGCAAAUGGGAGAUUCUAGCUUCAAGAAUGCAUCGAGAUAGAACAUUUCAGAUCAGAACAUACAAUCCCACUCAUGAUUGUAAGAUUUGGAACCACCGUAACAAAGCAAUCACAUCUUCUUAUAUUGCACAAAGAUAUCUUAAGGCCAUAAGCUCAAAUAGGUCUUGGGCAAUCGGUGCAUUCAGAGAUCACGUUAGUGUGGAACUUAGAGUUCAAGUGACAUUAUCACAAUGCAGAAGGGCUAAGAAAAAAGCAUUUGCGCUGAUUGAUGGAGAUAUUAAUGCUCAAUACAAGGUAUUGUGGAACUAUUGCAAUGAAAUUGGGAGGACAAAUCCAAAUACAUCAGUCUAUAUGAAGUUGGUUGAAAAUGAGGUGCCCGACAAGCCUAAGAGAUUCCAAAGAAUCUAUAUUUGUUUUAGUGGUUAUAAAGAUAGGUUUAAGAGCGGUUGUAGGAGAAUAAUUGGGGUGGAUGGUUGUUGGCUUAAGGGUCCAAUGUAUGGGACUCAAUUGUUAACUGCUGUUGGGCUUGAUCCGAAUAACAAUAUCAUUCCGAUAGCAUAUGCAGUUGUAGAGAAGGAAAGAAAGGAAUCGUGGGAAUGGUUUUUGAAUUAUUUGAAGCUUGACUUAGACAUUGAUGAUGAUGGUACUUGGACCUUCAUGUCAGACAAGCAAAAAGGUUUGAUUGAAGCGUUCAAUGAGGUAUUGCCAUAUGUUAGUCAUCGAUUCUGUGUGAGACACCUCCAUAACAACUUCAAGAGGGCCGGAUUCAGUAGUAUCUCACUCAGGAAUGCCCUUUGGAAGGCUGCAAAGGCUACAACAGUAAAGUGGUUUGAGGAUUGCAUGGUUGACAUCUUUGAUAUAGAUUCAGAAGCUGCUCAUUGGCUCAAGAAGAAGUCGCCUACUGAAUGGUCUAAAUCUCACUUUCCUGAAAUUGUGAAAUGCGAUACCUUACUCAAUAAUAUGUGUGAAUGUUUUAAUAGCAUGAUCAUUGAGGCUAGAGAUAAGCCGAUUAUCACUUUACUGGAGAAGUUAAGGUAUCACCUUAUGACAAGGAUGCAAGCAAAUAGGGAUAAAGGUACCGAGUGGAAUGAUGGUGAUAUUUGCCCCAGGAUUAAGGAUGUAUUGCACAAAAAUCAAGCGAAAGCAGCUGAAUUUAUUCCCAGGAAAUCAAAUGAGUGGAAUUAUGAGAUAAUAGGAGCAAGCAUAAUGAACAAGUGGGCUAUGGAUUUGCUAAAUAGAAAAUGCAGUUGCAGGAAAUGGGAUCUAACAGGAAUUUCUUGCAAGCAUGUCAUUGCCGCGAUUUGGGCUAAACAUGAUAACAUUAAUUCAUAUGUGGAUGAUUGUUAUAAGGUAGAAACUUAUAGAAUGAUCUAUGGAUUUUCUAUUCUACCUAUGAAUGGUCAAGAGAUGUGGCCUAAGUCGAAUAACAUUCCUCCUUUGCCUCCACGAGGAAAGACAAAGUACCAAAGGAAGAAGACAAAAGCUUCGCAAAAAAGAGCCUGA